UAGUGCUUAACUUUUAACUUUUAGGUUAGAAUACAAUGUUGUUCGCAGGCAGACAAUUUUCAAUUAGAAAUUUAAGAAGAGCUUGGAAAGCGGGACAAAAGACGCUUUUUCAAGCUUCUCGAACAUUUUCUUGUUCCUGCAGACAUCAUUAUGAAACACAUUUUCGUAGAAGUGUUGAAACACCUGAAGAGUUUUGGGAAGAACUGGCACAGGAUAUAAACUGGUUUAAGAAGUACGAACGAGUACUCGACAACUCGAAUCCUCCAUUCACCAAAUGGUUUGUGGGAGGUGAAAUGAACACGUGUUACGAAGGGCUGGAUGUUCACGUGGCAAAUGGGUUUGGUGACGACAAAGCGUUGAUCUAUGACAGUCCUGUCACUGAAACAAAGCGUGCUUUUACGUAUGAUUACUUGAAAGAACAGGCAUCGAAAUUCGCAAGAGUCCUUAUCAACAAUGGCGUCCAAAAAGGCGACCGAGUGAUAAUUUACAUGCCGAUGAUUCCUGAGGCUAUUAUAGCAAUGUAUGGUUGCGCAAGAGUCGGUGCCGUACAUUCCGUCGUGUUUGGUGGAUUUGCACCCAAAGAAUUAGCAAGGCGUAUCGAUGAUGCUGAGCCGGUUGUUAUGGUGACGGCAUCGUGCGGUUUAGAACCUAAUCGCGUGUUACCGUACGAACCCUUAGUUAAACAUGCAGUAGAGAUCGCGUCACAUAAGCCCCACAAAAUCAUCACGGUUGAUCGUGAACAGUGUCGUAAGAUGAAGUACGAUCGUGACGUCGAUAUCGACUGGAAUGACGCUGUAGACUCAGUGAGCGGGCAUGAUUGCAUCCCGGUCAAUUCCAACGACCCCCUUUACAUUUUGUACACGUCUGGAACGACUGGAUCGCCUAAGGGUAUAGUCAGACCUAAUGGUGGGCAUGCCGUUGCAUUGAAGUGGUCAAUGAAGAACAUAUAUAAUAUUCACCCGAAUGAUAUUUGGUGGGCUGCUUCUGAUAUCGGUUGGGUUGUCGGACAUUCAUAUAUCGUAUACGCUCCUCUGUUUAAUAAAAGUACCUCCAUUUUAUUUGAGGGCAAACCCGUUGGUUCACCAAAUGCGAGUACAUUUUUUCGUAUUAUCGACGAAUACGAUGUAUCAGCAUUGUUUACUGCGCCAACUGCGAUUAGAGUGAUUAGAAACGAAGAUCCUGAUGGCGAUCACGCUAAAGCAUUUACAAUGGAAAGGCUUCAAGCAUUGUUUUUGGCUGGUGAAAACGCCGAUAUUAAUCUUUUAAAGUGGUGUAAGAAUGUUUUUCGAAAGCCUGUUGUUGAUCAUUGGUGGCAAACAGAGUCUGGUUGGCCAAUCACAAGUCAUCAUUUAGGCCUUGGGUUACCAAGCGAUUACAAACUCGGUUCUAUUGGUAAACCAACACCCGGUUGGAAUGUGAAAGUGUUGAGUAAACAAUACGAAGAAUGCAAACCUGGAGAAUUGGGACAGAUUUUUGUAAAGUUACCGCUUCCACCCGGCGCCAUGUCAACGCUGUGGAACAAAGACGAUCGCUUCAUUGAAAGUUACUUCGAAACAGUAGAGGGUUUCUAUGACACCAGUGAUGCGGGUAUGGUUGAUGAGAACGGCUACGUUUCUAUUGGUGGACGCAUUGAUGACGUCAUUAACGUGGCUGGACACCGGCUGUCAACACAACAAAUGGAGAGGGCAAUUGCACAAGAUCCAGACAUUAUGGAACAAGCUGUCAUUGGUGUGAAAGACGAAGUAAAAGGUUUAAUACCAGUUGGUUUGGUUGUUCUAAGAAAAGGGUGUCAAAAAGACGAAGAGACUGUAAAAAAAGACGUUAUUCAAGUCGUGCGUUCUGAUGUUGGGCCAGUUGCUGCCUUCAAGAAAGUUAUUAUUCUGCCUGUGUUACCCAAGACACGUGCAGGGAAAUUCAUUAGAGGAACUCUCAAGAAGAUCAUGGAUGGUGAUGAGUAUACGGUUCCACAAACUAUAGAAAAUCCUGACGAUUUUGCUGUCGUCGAAGCGAUAUUGAAAAAAUCAGUAUCUUUUGAUGGCGAUGUUUAAUGAUAACGCCUUACAAACAUCACCUGUGAAGAUGGUGCAUAUUUUUGUCGCAAAAAUUUCUAUAAGGGUAGCACUUAUAAAGCCAAUUUCCUGAUUCUACCUGACUUGUUAAUGUAAAGACGAUAUUAAUCAGUACAGUAGACAUAUGAAUAUUAGAAAUUAAUUUCAGAAAUUAUCUAUACAAUAAUUAAUCAACGCGAAAUUCCACUUCGAUCUUUUAGCACGUCUGCUCGAGGUACAUGCAUUAAAAUGCCUUUGCCUGCGCUGUUUGUUUUGAAUGUCAAAAUUGCGAAAUUUUCAUGAGCCAUUAUAAGCAUUCCAGUGCUUGAAUAGCCGCCAUUUUAAAUUUUUGCUUGCAUUUUUAUUUCUAGUGGACCCUACUGCUCAAACGCACGACCGCCGCGCGUCGUCGUGCCUUCCGAUCGAAGUGGACUUUCGCCUUUAACGAUUGACUAGAGAGGAUAGAGAGAGAAUUAAUGUGAAAAAUUGUAGAAACACUAAACUGAGAAUAGUUACCGCAUACACACUUUCCCUAAUUAAGCUUGGAAAAAAUAAUUUCAGUCUUAGCAGACCUCUUGUCUCAGGUAAUUUUUGGUUUCACAAAACGUUUUGCUCACAUUUUUUCUACUUGGAGUAUGCAGAAAUUUACCGUGUAUUUUAUUAACUCUCGUAUUUUUAUCAAUUUUUUACGCUUUUUGUAUUACAUAAUUCUUUCGCAUAAACGUAGUUAUCUGACUAAUGGAUAUUUUAGACAUGCACUAUAUACGGUUAGAAAUUACAGCAUUUUUUUUGUUAGAUUCUAUAAUUUUGUUUUUUUAGUAGAAAGGUACAAAUUUUAAUAGUUAUUAAUUUUCACGGAGUUAGGCAGUUAGCCAAUCACGAAUCAUAAAAGGAUUUGUAAAAGAGUACUGGGCUUUUAAAAAUAUUUAAUAUGUUUUACAUCAUUCGCCAUAAUUUAAUGCUAUUUGGGGUAAAUUUGAAGCUGUCCAAACAGUUGCUCUUAAAAUGAUUUUGAUGUAUUAUCUAAAUUGCUUAGUAAGCAGAAAUUUCCAUUUUAGAGAUAUAUAAUGAGUGUUGGAAGAAGAACAUUGUGGAUAUUGUGGAUACAUAGUCUACAUAUAGUAACUGAAUAUAUAAGUAGUUAUAUGUAUAAACAAAAUUUGUACUGUUAGUAAAUAAUUAUGAAAAGAUAUUUUUGCAAUGAGUUUA